AUGAAUUUCAGUUCUACCACAAGCCCUCCUGGUUGCGAGGCUGACCUUGUAUUCGGCAAAAGACUACAACACCCUUCCUCCUUGAGCGUAGCUUUUUUGAUCUUCCUCAUCAUAUUUAACAUCAUCACCUUUCCAAUCACCGCAGUUUUGAACGCGCUGGUGAUGAUCUCUGUUAAGGCCAAAUCACGACUAAGAGCACACAAGUCCAACAUUUUACUGGCGUUCCUGGCUUUGACAGACUUUACAAUCGGGAUUCUAGUUCAACCUACCUUCGCGGCGGUGUUAAUCAUGUUGUUACUUGACGAGCCUCGUGGAUAUUGUCUUCUGCAGGUUCUUAGAUUUGCCAAUUCUGUCGUGGUUGUUUCCUCGCUCUUCCACUUGGUUUUGUUAAGCGGGGAGCGGUACAUAGCCAUGAAGAACCCUUUCUAUUACGUUACCCUGGUCACCGACGGUCGCUUGCUUGUUGCUAGUGCAUUAGCGUGGUUCCUAUCCGUAUUUCAGACAGUGCUUCUGUUUCUCAUGAGCAAAACUAUGUUUUUGCGGGGUACAACAAUUUCCGUGAGUGUAUCUCUUGCGGUGAUCUUUUUCUGCCAUGUCACAGUUUGCUUUGAAACUCGUCGACACGAAAAACAACUUGCUGCUCAGCAAACCACUCCAGAGGCAAGGGCAGAAUUUGAGAAAAAUAAGAAGGCUGUUAAACUAACGUCCAUAAUCCUUGCCGCAUUAUUAUUGUGUUUUAUACCCGGAAACGUUGCUAACAUUGUUGUAUCAAGGUUUGGUGGUCAUGUAACUGAUGAGAUAAUUUUUCUGUUUGCCUUUCUCUCUCUUUCGUUAAGUUUCUUAAACUCGUCGCUUAACCCUAUUAUUUACGUGUUAAAAAUGAAGCAGUUUAGGGUCGCGUUUAUUGAGUUAUUGUUCAGAACUGUAAACACUGCAGCCGCUGAAGAAACUGAGAUACGAUUUUUUGGAGUACCUAAUGCUGUAGGUAGAGUCAACAGAGAAAAGACUGAACGAGGUCAAAAUGAACAAGCUCAACAAGAUGUGAGUGAAGAAAACCUGUAAGCAUUAUCAACAGCAGUUGUGUCGAACUAAUUAUUAUGAUGACGCUCUUUUAGUUUCUGAAACUGUAAAAUUACAGAAUAAGGCUGCUCGCGUAAUCUUAAUUAGGCUUUCCAGUCAAUGGAGUUUUGGCGUGCUUCUUGUCCACUUCUUAUUCCGUUCUGUUACUCUUUAGCGAACCUGUGUUAUUGGUUAGGGAUUUGACCUUUUUUCAAAAAUUUGCAAUCAAAUUCCCUACCCACGGGCAAAUCAUUCCAGUCAAAUGCAACCAAAUUUCCCCACCACAGGCUGCACAUUGCUGUCAAUCCCAAGGGAGAACCUAAGAAAGGCGCAAUAAAAAUAUCUCCAAAUAAAACUCUGCAAUCUUUUAUAAACGUUGCUGCAUCACCAAAGAUACAUGUUCCUGUUACAGCUGCAAUUAUACGUUUUAACCAUAAUCCGUGUUACACUGCGUACAAUACAUAAACCUUUAGGAGAAAGUCCACAUUUUGUAAGUUUAAAUAUACCGUUCUUAGUAAAGGGUACAAAGAAAGUCAGUUUUAUAAGUUUACAGUGAUUGUAGCGAAUGAGCCAUACACUAAUCAAUUGUACUUACAAAAAUCGACUUGGUUUCUCUUUACUUCCGUUUACUUUGAUACCACAGUAUUUUAAGAGGUUAAAUUGAUCAAAAACACGCUAAAACAAACGAAAUUUGAAGACAAAACAGUGAAAUCCACUCAGCCUUCGCUUGUUCUCAUUGGCCUCCAUGACUUCCUGAUCUUUUCAAACCGUACGGCGCAUGCGUGAAGCGUGGAAGCGGGAAACAUAUGUUCGGUCUCAGUCUUUUUCGUCCGAGUCGGCAUUCAAAUAUCUCCACGUCGGGCGAAGAAAGAUUCAAAUAUCCCCUCCCCUGGGAGAACAAGAUCAAUCAAAUGCCCUACUCCAGGGCCAACAAAGACAAAUCCCCACCCCAUGCAUUAACAUUAAAAAAAAAACAUUAACCUAGUAUUUACGUGCAAGUAAAAUCUAAUUGUUUUGCACAAGAGCUGUUAACGACUUCAUUUAAUAGUGACGAGCACGUAGAACAAACUGUAAAUUAAUAAAAAUAGCUUCAUUUUCGUCAAUUUUCGGACAAUAUAUUCUUUUUUUCCACGUCGCAAAAAGAAAUCUUCCAUACAUGCAUACAUUCAUACAUCGCAUCCGCAUAGUCAUCUCUUUCAUCCUUUGCUCGUCCUAAUUGCGCCUGAUUUUAGAAUUGCCCCAGAUUCCCUGUUAUCGUGGCGUCUAUUAUGCAGCCCGUUAUUUCUUACGGCUUUUGCGGAUAUUUAGAAAAUGAAAAGAUUAUCCAAACUUAAUUACCGGCGGAAAAUUAAACCAAAGUACAGUAAUCCGAAAAAGCACAUUCAAAGAUCAGUAUACAAAAAUAGGAACAAAAGGUAAGAAAAAAGGGGAUGGCAGAUGUUUGCAAAGACAAGCACACAGUUUUCCGCCCAAAUCCUUUAAGACCCAGAACGAGUUCAUUGAGCAGCGGAAAAUCCGAUAUCGUAAGACGAGAAGCCAUGAAUUUUAGUUCUGCCACAAGCCCUGCUGGUUGCGAGGCUGACCUUGUAUUCGGCAAAAGACUACAACACCCUUCUUCCUGGGGCGUAGCUUUUCUGAUCUUCCUCAUCAUAUUUAACAUCAUCACCUUUCCAAUCACCGCAGUUUUGAACGCGCUGGUGAUGAUCUCUGUUAAGGCCAAAUCACGACUAAGAGCGCACAAGUCGAACAUUUUACUUGCGUUCCUGGCUUUGACAGACUUUACAGUCGGGAUUCUAGUUCAACCUACCUUCGCCGCCGUAUUAAUCAUGUUGUUACUUAACGAGCCUCGUGGAUAUUGUGUUCUGCAAGUUCUUAGGUAUGCUAAUAUGGUCGUGGUUUUUUCCUCGCUCUUCCACUUGGUUUUAUUAAGCGGGGAGCGGUACAUAGCCAUGAAGCACCCUUUCUAUUACGUUACCCUGGUCACCGACGGUCGCUUGCCUGUUGCUAGUUCAUUGGCGUGGUUCCUAUCCGUACUUCAGACAGUGCUUCUGUUUCUCUUGAGCAAAACUGUGGUUUUGCGGGGUACAACAAUUUCCGUGAGUGUAUCUCUUGCGGUAAUCUUUUUCUGCCAUGUCACAGUUUGCAUUGAAACUCGUCGACACGAAAAACAACUUGCUGCUCAGCAAACCACUCCAGAGGCAAGGGAAAAAUUUGAGAAAAAUAAGAAGGCUGUUAAACUAACGUCCAUAAUCCUUGCCGCAUUAUUAUUGUGUUUUAUACCUGGAAACGUUGCUAACCUCGUUGUAUCAAGGUUUGGUGGUCAUGUAACUGAUGAGAUAAUUUUUCUGUUUGCCUUUCUCUCUCUUUCGUUAAGUUUCUUAAACUCGCUGCUUAACCCAAUUAUUUACGCGUUAAGAAUGAAGCAGUUUAGGGUCGCGUUUAUCGAGUUAUUGUUCAGGACUGUAAACGCUGCAGCCGCUGAAGAAAUUGAGAUACGAUUUUUUGGAGUACCUAAUGCUGCAGGUAGAGUCAACAGAGUAAAGACUGAACGAGGUCAAAAUGAACAAGCUCAACAAGAUGUAAGUAAAGAAGACGUGUAAGCAUUAACAACAACAAUUGUGUUGAACUAAUUAUUAUGAUGAUGCUCCUUUAGUUUCUGAAAUUGUAAAAUUACACAAUAAGGCUUCUCGCCUAAUCUUAACUAGACUUUCCAGUUAGUAAAGCAAGGACAAUAGAUGUGUGUUUAAAAGCCUUCCUAUUUCUCUCAAGUUCUUCUUUUUUUGCGUUUCUAAUUGGCUCAAAUCCCACGGCUUAUUUUUCUUAACCAGCUAAGUUUGACCAAAUUUGGCCUGAUAUCUUAGCCUGCGAAUACAGGUGUCUCUCCUCGCCCCUCGCCUUAAGGGACGUCGUCGUUUACAAGGUGUCAUAAGACAAGUCGUGCUGGUUGCGAAGCUGCACUAGCAAAGUUACGAAGCUGCAAAAGCUUAUCAAAACAAAAUCAAGAAGGACUAACUAAGAAAGGGAAUGUGAAAAACAGUUACCAUCAUAAACUUUGAUGUGUUGACUUAAAACGAAAAACACUAAACUGUUCGCCCUUCAAUUCAUUUGAAAAUAUCCUCUACGGCCAUAGUUUCAAUAGUUAGUGACUCAAGAUUCACGCCAUUUAUUUAUUUAAAAAAAUAACUGACUACAAAUCUUUUAUAGGUUGUGUUUGAAAAAUAUAUGUGAUAAUAAAUUUGAUUGCUGAUGUGGGUAUAAUUUGUUCACAUUUUGGAAAUGUGUGGCAGUGUUUUACAUUCGUGCUCUUUACAAUGAUUAUCGUUAUCUUAAGUGUUUUAACAUUCACACGUUAUCUAAAGAUUUAUUAGCAAUUCAAGUAGAAUGUGAGGCUUUUUUAGAUGAUAAACAAAUGAUUAAGGUUGAUCUAUCGGAAGAUCAAAUGAUGACUUUUGUCUGCGCAAUCUAUGAAACAUCGGCCUUUUUUUCUCGGACGUAUUUUGAACUAGCUGUAGAGAAUUUAUUGCAGCUGCAAGAGAACAGCGUUUUCCUUUUCUAAAGUAUUUAAAAUAAUAAUAAUAAUAAUAGUAAUAAUAAUAAUAAUAAUAAAUAGGAUAAUUUAUUACUGAUACAUCAUCCAAAUUGUCGUUAUCACAGUGGUUGCUGUUUUCAUGCUUGCUAUUAGAUCGAGGCGGAUUCCAUUUUCUUUCGUUGCUUGAUGCAAAUGAAAAAAUUACUCGGGAAAAAACAUUAACCUAGUAUUUAUUCGCAAGUUUUUGUACAAGAGCUGUUAACGACUUCAUUUAAUAGUGACGAGCACGUAGAACAAACUGUAAAUUAAUAAAAAUAGCUUCAUUUUGGUCGAUUUUCGGACAAUUUUUAUUCUUGUUUCCACGUCGGAAAAAGAAGUCUUCCAUACAUGCAUGCAUACAGACAUCGUAUCCGCGUUGUCAUCUCUUUCAUCCUCCGCUCGUCCUAAUUGCGCCUGAUUUUAGAAUUGCCCCAGAUUCCCUGUUAUCUUGGCGCAUAUUAUGCAACCCGUUAUUUCUUACGGCUUUUACGGAUAUUUAGAAAAUGAAAAGAUUAUCCAAACUUAAUUACCGGCGGAAAAUUAAACCAAAGUAAUGCGAAAAUGCACAUUAAAAGAUCACCGUAUACAAAAAUAUGAACAAAAGGUCAGAAAAAAAGGAUGGCAGAUGUUUGCAAAGACAAGCACACAGUUUUCCGCCCAAAUCUUUUUCAGACCCAGAGCGAGUUCAUUGAGCAGCAGAAAGUCCGAUAUCGUAAGACAAGAAGCCAUGAAUUUUAGUUCUGCCACAAGCCCUCCUGGUUGCGAGGCUGACCUUGUAUUCGGCAAAAGACUACAACACCCGUCUUCCUGGGGCGUAGCUUUUCUGAUCUUCCUCAUCAUAUUUAACAUCAUCAGCUUUCCAGUCACCGCAGUUUUGAACGCGCUGGUGAUGAUCUCUGUUUUGGCCAAAUCACGACUAAGAGCGCACAAGUCCAACAUUUUACUAGCGUUCCUAGCUUUGACAGACUUUACAGUCGGGAUUCUAGUUCAACCUGCCUUCGCCGCGGUGUUAAUCAUGUUGUUACUUAACGAGCCUUGUGGAUAUUGUGUUCUGCAGGUUCGUAGAUUUGCCAAUUUUGUCGUGGUUGUUUCCUCGCUCUUCCACUUGGUUUUGUUAAGCGGGGAGCGGUACAUAGCCAUGAAGCACCCUUUCUAUUACGUUACCCUGGUCACCGACAGUCGCUUGCUUGUUGCUAGUGCAUUGGCGUGGUUCCUAUCCGUAUUUCAGACAGUGCUUCUGUUUCUCUUGAGCAAAACUAUGGUUUUGCUGGGUACAACAAUUUCCAUGAGUGUAUCUCUUGCGGUAAUCUUUUUCUGCCAUGUCACAGUUUGCUUUGAAACUCGUCGACACGAAAAACAACUUGCUGCUCAGCAAACCACUCCAGAGGCAAGGGAAGAAUUUGAGAAAAGUAAGAAGGCUGUUAAACUAACGUCCAUGAUCCUUGCCGCAUUAUUAUUGUGUUUUAUACCUGGAAACGUUGCUAACAUUGUUGUAGCAAGGUUUGGUGGUCAUGUAACUGAUGAGAUAAUUUUUCUGUUUGCCUUUCUCUCUCUUUCGUUAAGUUUCUUAAACUCGUUGCUUAACCCAAUUAUUUACGUGUUAAAAAUGAAGCAGUUUAGGGUCGCGUUUAUCGAGUUAUUGUUCAGAACGGAAAACAAUGCAGGUAGAGUCAACAGAGUAAAGACUGAACGAGGUCAAAAUGAACAAACUCAACAAGAUGUGAGUGAAGAAAAUUUGUAAGCAUUAACAACAACAAUUUCAUUUUUUCAUUUUCAUGUCAUUUCCGCAGUUCAUAUUUUAUUUAUUUUAUGUAUCAUUAACAACAACAACUGUGUUGAGCUAAUUAUUAUGAUGAUGCUCUUUUAGUUUCUGAAACUGUAAAAUUGCAGAAUAAGGCCGCUCUCGUAAUCUUAACUAGGCUUUCCAGUCAGUGGAGGUUUGGCGUGCUUCUUGUCCAUUUCUCAUUCCGUUCUGUUACUCUUUAACGAACCUGUGUUUUUGCGCAUCGCACGAACGACACGAACGGCAACUUGCAGCUCAGCAAGCGACACCGGAGGCAAGGGAAGAAUUUGAGAGAAAUGGGGAAGGCUUUUAAACUCACAUCUAUUGUCCUUAUUUUACUGAUUUUAUUUGUUUUAAUACCUACGAGCACUAUGCCAGUCGUUCCAGUUAGUUAUCUUGAAUUUACUCUGGAGGCGGUGUAUUUGUUUAUCCCUUAUCACUAUGUCGCUAAUUUUCUUGGAGUCGCUUUUCAACCCGAUUGUUUACGCGUUGAGAUUGAGGCAAUUUCGGGUCGCAAUUAUCGAGUUAUUGUACAGACGUUGAAGAAAUUGAGAUGCGAUUUUCUGGAGUACCUAAUGCUGUGGUUAGAGUUAACAGAGUAAGAGAUGAACAAAACCAGGAAGGGCAAAAUCAACAAAAUAUGAAUGAGGAAAAUGUCCGCUGAAAUGUGUCCAACAAUAGCAAUCGUAACAGUAAUGUUCUGCCUCAAUUAUGAAAAACAUAUGCCUUGAAGAAGAAUUGAACAGUGACUUGAACUGUUUAUUAAAAAUGCCAAUUAUCAACAUGGUACACGAGCAUUUCAAUUCAUGUAUUUAUAUUUUUAAUAUUCAUUCUUUUUUUUUCUACGUUUCUAAUUGGCUCAUAUCCCAGGGCCUAUUUUUCUUAACCAGCUAGCUUUGACAAAAUUUGGCCUGAUAUCAUAGCCUGCGAAUACUGCCCUCUAUCCUCGCUCUUCGCCUUAAGGGACGUCUUCGUUUACAAGGUGUCGUAAGACAAGCCGUGCUGGUUGCGAAGGUGCACUAGCAAGGUUACGAAGCUGCAAAAGCUUAUCAAAACAAAAUCAAGAAGGAUCAACUAAAAAAGAAAAUGUGAAAAACAGUUACCAUCAUAACUUUGAUGCAUUGACUUAACACGAAAAACACUAAACUGUUCGCCCUUCAAUUCGUUCGAAAAUAUCCUCUUCGGCCAUAAUCUUCAAUAGUUAGUGACUCAAGAUGGCAUUUAUCUAUUUAAAAAAAAUCACUGAACACAAGUCUUUUAUAAGUUGUGUUUGUAAAAUAUAUGUGAAAAUAAAUUUGAUCAAUUCGGGUAUAUUAUUUGUUCACAUUUCGGAAAUGUGUGACGGUGUUUUACAUUUGGGCUAUUUAGAAUUAUUAUCGUUAUCUUAACAUUUGCACGUAAUCGAAAGAUUUAUUAGCCAUUUAAGUAGAAUGUGAGGCUUCUCUAGAUGAUAACCAAAUGAUUAAGUUUGAUCUAUGGGAAGAUCAAAUGAUGACUUUUGUCUGCGCAAUCUAUGAAAUGUCGGCCUUUUUUUAAACUAGAUGAAGAGAAUUUAUUGCAGCUGCAAAAGAACAGCGUUUUCCUUUUCUAAAGUAUUUAAAAUAAUAAUGAAUAAUAAUAAUAAUAAACAGGAUAAUUAAUUACUGAUACAUCAUCCAAAUUGUCGUUAUCACGCUGUUUCCUGUUUUCAUGCUUGCUAUUGGAUCGAAGCGGAUUCCAUUUUCGUUCGUUGCUUAAUGCAAAUUUAAAAAAAAAUUACUCGGGAAAAAACAUUAACCUAGUAUUUAUUCGCAAGUGGAAUCUAAUUGUUUUGCAUGAGAGCUGUUAACGAAUUCAUUUAACAAUGACGAGCACGUAGAACAAACUGUAAAUUAAUAAAAAUAGCUUCGUUUUCGUCGAUUUUCGGACAAUUUAUUCUUGUUUUCCACGUCGGAAAAAGAAAUCUUUCAUACAUGCAUACAUACAUCGCAUCCGCAUAGUCAUCUCUUUCAUUCUUCGCUCGUCCUAAUUGCGCCUGAUUUUAGAAUUGCCCGAGAUUCCCUGUUAUCGUGGCGUGUAUUACGCAACCCGUUAUUUCUUACGGCUUUUGCGGAUAUUUAGAACAUGAAAAGAUUAUCCAAACUUAAUUACCGGCGGAAAAUUAAAGCAAAGUACAGUAAUCCGAAAACGCACCUUCAAAGGUCAUUAUACAAACAUAUGGACAAAAGGUAACAAAACAAGGGAUGGCAGAUGUUUGCAAAGACAAGCACACAGUUUUCCGCCCAAAUCUUUUAAGACCCAGAACGAGUUCAUUGAGCAGCGGAAAGUCCGAUAUGGUAAGACGAGAAGCCAUGAAUUUUAGUUCUACCACAAGCCCUGCUGGUUGCGAGGCUGACCUUGUAUUCGGCAAAAGACUACAACACCCUUCUUCCUGGGGCGUAGCUUUUCUGAUCUUCCUCAUCAUAUUUAACAUCAUCACCUUUCCAAUCACCGCAGUUUUGAACGCGCUGGUGAUGAUCUCUGUUAAGGCCAAAUCACGACUAAGAGCGCACAAAUCCAACAUUUUACUAGCGUUCAUAGCUUUGACAGACUUUACAGUCGGGAUUCAAGUUCAACCCACCUUCGCCGCUUGUUAA